AUGGCAGCGGCAACCGAUGUGGAAGGCAUCCAAAGUCAGGGAUUGGGUGCAAUCUGCUGCUGCUGUAGAACGAUCGAGUUCCCGGACUCACAGUUUAUUCCCGGGGUGUCGUACUACAGAGUUGAUGUUGAAGACAUGUCGAGAGAGCCUCUGGAUUACUUCCUGCAAGAGGCCACUGAGUUCAUUCAUUCGCACAUUGUGCGAGAGCAGCCAGUACUGGUGCACUGCAGGGCGGGAGUGUCCCGCUCGGCGUCUGUAGUCCUGGCCUAUCUUGUGGCGUGCCAGCGCAUGUCGCUGGCAGAUGCUUUUGUUUUACUCCGCUCAAGGAGAUGCAUUGUAACUCCAAAUCUGGGAUUUUUCGAGCAGCUUUCUAUCUGGGAGAAGGAAGUUUCCGACGGGGUAUCCUCCGUGGACUGCAACAAGUACAACAUGUGGUUUGGCACUCCUGAGUCCGAACGCACGGCACUUCCAGACAUGCGCCCAGAUUAG